ACAAGUUCCGAGUCCUCUCCAACUCAGGGAAGAUGCAGGCGCCAACGCUUCUCCUCCUAGUGCUGUCUUCGGUCACGUUGGCUUCUGGAGCAUCUCUGAGGGAGGAGGUGGAAUCCCAGGUGUGCAGUGAAACCAUCUCAUUAGACUUCCAAGGCGACGUCCCAGGGGUGACAUGCUCCUCGACAUGUCCUGAAGGCAUGCAGACGUGGUCUGCUGGAUCAGUGUACAAGAGGCCAUCUGCACUAUCACCUUUUGGACUGAUGGUGAAAGUUGAUUACAGCAACUCUGGAGUCACAUGCAGUCUUACUGAAUCAUCAACAGAUGAAGAUCUUCUCACAAGCUACCGAGAAGAGAGUGGAAUAUGCGAGUCGUUUCCAGGAAAUCUUCAGACAUCAUCAACAAGUGGUGUAAAUACUGAACCAUCCGUGACUGGAUAUUCGUAUUCCACAGAAACUGCAGGUACAGGUCCUGAUUACACACCUGGCACAGGAAGUUCUGCAUCUGCUUCAGGAACUUCAGUUUCAUCUGGUGAAAAUACAUCUGUAACAGGUAACACUGGUAGUGAAGUUACAGCUGCUUCAGCCCCUGGAGGAUCCUCAGGCACAGGUCCUGAAAACACAGGUUCAGAGGGAACUACAGUUACAUCAGCAGAAAAUACUUCAGUAUCAGGUAACACUGGUGGUGAAGGCACAACUGUUUCAGCCCCUGGAGGAGAAACACCCUAUGAAACAGCAUCAUCAGGCACAGGUCCUGAAAACACAGGUUCAGAGGGAACUACAGUUUCAUCAGGAGAAAAUACAUCAGUAUCAGGUAACACUGGUGGUGAGGGCACAACUGCUUCAGCCCCUGGAGGAGAUACACCCUAUGAAACAGCAUCAUCAGGCACAGGUCCUGAAAACACAGGUUCAGAGGGAACUACAGUUUCAUCAGGAGAAAAUACAUCAGCAUCAGGUAACACUGGUGGUGAGGGCACAACUGCUUCAGCCCCUGGAGGAGAUACACCCUAUGAAACAGCAUCAUCAGGCACAGGUCCUGAAAACACAGGUUCAGAGGGAACUACAGUUUCAUCAGGAGAAAAUACAUCAGCAUCAGGUAACACUGGUGGUGAGGGCACAACUGCUUCAGCCCCUGGAGGAGAUACACCCUAUGAAACAGCAUCAUCAGGCACAGGUCCUGAAAACACAGGUUCAGAGGGAACUACAGUUUCAUCAGGAGAAAAUACAUCAGUAUCAGGCAACACUGGUGGUGAGGGCACAACUGCUUCAGCCCCUGGAGGAGAGACACCAUAUGAAACAGCAUCAUCUGGUACCGGUCCUGAAAACACAGGUUCAGAGGGAACUACAGUUUCAUCAGGAGAAAAUACAUCAGCAUCAGGUAACACUGGUGGUGAGGGCACAACUGCUUCAGCCCCUGGAGGAGAAACACCCUAUGAAACAGCAUCAUCAGGCACAGGUCCUGAAAACACAGGUUCAGAGGGAACUACAGUUUCAACAGGAGAAAAUACAUCAGCAUCAGGUAACACUGGUGGUGAGGGCACAACUGCUUCAGCCCCUGGAGGAGAAACACCCUAUGAAACAGCAUCAUCAAGCACAGGUCCUGAAAACACAGGUUCAGAGGGAACUACAGUCUCAUCAGGAGAAAAUACAUCAGCAUCAGGUAACACUGGUGGUGAAGGCACAACUGCUUCAGCCCCUGGAGGAGAAACACCGUACGAAACAGCAUCAUCAGGCACCGGUCCUGAAAACACAGGUUCAGAGGGAACUACAGUUUCAUCAGGAGAAAAUACAUCAGUAUCAGGUAACACUGGUGGUGAAGGCACAACUGCUUCAGCCCCUGGAGGAGAAACACCCUAUGAAACAGCAUCAUCUGGCACAGGUCCUGAAAACACAGGUUCAGAGGGAACUACAGUUUCAUCAGGAGAAAAUACAUCAGUAUCAGGUAACACUGGUGGUGAAGUUGCAACUGCUUCAGCCCCUGGAGGAGAAACACCAGGUGGAACAGAAUCCUCGGGUGCAGGUCCAGAAAACACAGGUUCAGAGGGAACUACAGUUUCAUCAGGAGAAAAUACAUCAGUAUCAGGUAACACUGGUGGUGAAGUUGCAACUGCUUCAGCCCCUGGAGGAGAAACACCAGGUGGAACAGAAUCCUCGGGUGCAGGUCCAGAAAACACAGGUUCAGAGGGAACUACAGUUUCAUCAGGAGAAAAUACAUCAGCAUCAGGUAACACUGGUGGUGAAGGCACAACUGCUUCAGCCCCUGGAGGAGAAACACCAGGUGGAACAGAAUCCUCGGGUGCAGGUCCAGAAAACACAGCUUCAGAGGGAACUACAGUUUCAUCUGCUGAAAAGACAUCAGUAACAGGAAGCCCUGGUACGAAUGGGGAAGUAUCACCUACCCAUGCUGAAAUACCAACUUUUGCAGAAUUAACUACCAUGAGACCGCACGCAAGUAGUGUUCAAGAAACAAGCGCACCUGAGGAAACCACCAAUCCAGGCUGCGUCAACAACGGAGAGACUAACAACGGCCAACAGGAAGUACCACUUUCUACCCAAGGACAUACUGCCACAACUACCACUACUACUGUGCCCACAACAACUACCACUGAACCUCCUACUACCACUGCUACUACUACUACCACCUCCACCACAACUACACCUCUAACUACUACCACUGAACCACCUACUACUACUACUUCCACCUCCACCACAACUACACCUAUGACUACCACAACCACAACUACACCUACGACAACCACAACUACACCCACAACUACCACAACCACACCUACGACUACCACAACAACAACUACACCUACUACACCUACACCUACAACCACCACAACUACACCUACUACCACAACAACUACACCUACAACCACCACAACUAAACCUACGACUACCACAACCACAACUACACCUACGACUACUACAACCACAACUACACCCACAACUACCACAACCACACCUACGACUACCACAACAACAACUACACCUACUACACCUACAACCACCACAACUACACCUACAACCACCACAACUACACCUACUACCACAACAACUACACCUACAACUACACAACAACACCUAGACUACCACAACAACAACUACAAC